CAGAAAAUCCAGACCUCUGGGCCUUAAACCCCAAUUCGCUUCUGUUCAGUUGUUCAAGAUUUCUGAGUCACAUUGAAGGCUUGAACUGAAUCUUCCUUUAAAAAAUGUCAAUCCUCCACACCUCUCUCACACACCAAUCCCUCUCCUUCUCCAAAUCCCUGACCUCCCCAACCCCUCUCUUCCUCCACACAAACCUCUCCCUUAAACCCUUAACCCCAAAGCCCACAUUCAUCCGAAUGGGCGGCGGGCCCAGGACCUUCCCCGGCGGCGUAUCCAAGUGGCAGUGGAAGCGCAUGCAGGCCAAGAAAGCCAAGCAGCUCCUCAAGGCCCGCCUCUGCCGCGAGCGCCAAAUCUACGAGAUGCGAAAGCGGGCGGAGCUCAAGGCCGCCGUGUCGGAGCUCGAGCGCCCCUGGGAGACCGUCGAGAAGCCUCCCAAUUUGUUCUCCGUCAGCGCCGAUGAGCAGGUGAAGGUCUUGGCCGAUCGGUUCCAGAGGCCGGGAGGGUUUGACCUGUGGACCGAGAGGGAUGGGCCGGAGCUGUUCCGGACCAUGGAGGACCUGCCGUCGGCAAGGUUUUUUCCCAAGGGGGUAGUGCAUAGUGUGAGGCCGUACAGGAGGAUUGGGGCUGAGGAAUUGGGGGAGGAGGAAGAUGAGGGUUUUGGAGGAGUCAAGGGAUUGGUUGAGGGCUUAAGGGUGCAGAGAGGUCAAAUGGGGAGGGUUUGAAUUCGAAAAGUUGUUCGGAGUCGGUGAAUUUUCGAAAUGGGAGGAUGUAUAAUGGUAAACUGAGGAGGAAGGGGAAGGGGAAAGGGAAUAGGGGAAAUGCUGAAGCUUCAAGUGAUGUUGAUAGGAAACAGAGAGGACAGAGUCCUGUAAUGCGCAGUGGCGAAAAUGGGAAUUCUAGGAGAAGUGGUGGAUUGAAGUUGAAUGGUCAUGGUGUUGAUAGGAGGUCUUCGCGUGGGUAUAAUUCGAGAGAAGGUGGUGUUGAUAGGAGACAGAGAGGACAGGGUCACAUAAUCCACAGUGGGGAAGAUACGCGUGAUACAAGGAAAGGUGCAUUGAAAUCGAAAGGUUCAGAGUCUGAAGUUUUUGAUAUGAGGUUGCGACAAGAUGGGAGCUAUGAAUUUCAUUAGUUCAGUGGCGAGAUCCUAAGAACUAGGAUAAUGGCAUGCUCAAUGAACAAUGAAAAUGCCAGGUGGAUGAUCCUGAGAACGCAGGAUGACAAUGAAGAGCCAAUCGUUGUAAUGCUCAGCUCAGAACAAUUAGCCACAUGACUCGGGAAAAGGUCAGGCAAAGAGCUAGCAUUCUCCCAAAUUGUAUGUAAAUAUUUAUAUUUUGUGGUUAUUAUAUGCUGAAAUAGUUGAAUGAAAAAUAUUACUCCAAUCAAAGUAUAUCUAACAAUAAUUUUAUGGACUAA